AUGCGAUCUCUUAACACUAUUCUCUUAUUCCUCUCUGCGGCUCUUGCGGCUGAUGUCCAGAUAACCUGGCGCCUCGAGAAAGAUACCAAGGCGUCUUCUGUGAGCGCUAUGGGCUCUGAUGGCAAGGUCAUUGCAGAGACCUGUGGCAGUAUCAUCCAUGCCAAGUACCCUAUUGACUUCUCGGAUGUCGACGAUACUGGCAGUGGUAAUUUCACUGUUGGUGAUGCCAACUAUCUGGUCCACUCGCUGCCUGAGUGGUCUGGUGGACCUGCAUGCUCUCGCAUCUUCAACCCUCAGUAUACUCUUGUGCAGUGCUCAAAUGUCACCUGGGACUCUACCGAUGUGGUCAAAGACAAGGCAGAUAGCUGCUUUGGCGAUAGUUCCACUGAUAACGAACUGCAGUCCCUCCAGAGGAGGAGCUUGAGCCACGAGAUGCAUUCUCGAGGCGUAGAGCUCGAAAAGAGACAGACGUUUUGCUCCGGCUGGUUCACUAGAACAACGCUUGUUGGGGAUGGGGAUCCCCACCAGAAUUACUUCCACAAGCAGCUAUCGGAAAACAUCAACUGUGCCAGUGCUGCAUCCUGUUCCGUCGGUCAAACUGAUUCAAUAUCCUACACUAUUGGGUGGACUGCCACUGUCAAUAGCCCAGGUGGUGGCUGGAUAUCAGGAGGUUUCGGCGUCACCGAAAGCUGGACGACUGGAAAUAGCUACACCUGCAACGCUGGGAAAGGAGAGACAGUCUGCAUUUGGUACAACAUUGCUCACACAGCUUACACCGUCCAAGAGUAUACCAAGAACACAUGCACUGAAGGCAGUGGAGGAACCCCUUAUGUCAUGUACUCACCCAACGAGAACAACAAGGGUGGCGGUUAUUACUGCGUUAUCGGUACUUGCCGAUCUAAGGGUGAGGGUUACUGGGAUUACAAUGGCCGUGCUGGCGGUCCUUGA